GUCGUCGCUGUGAUGUAAAGCAGUAGGUCUAUUCGUGACUCGGAUAUACAGUGUUUGCGUUUCCCAUGGUUCCUUCUCUUCGACUACCGCCAUAGUGGUGAACGGAUUGCGAUCUCCGAAAUGGCGUCGCACAAAACCUUCAGAAUCAAACGCUUCCUCGCCAAGAAGCAGAAGCAGAACAGACCGAUCCCACAGUGGAUUAGGAUGAAAACUGGCAAUAAGAUCAGAUACAACUCCAAGAGGAGACACUGGAGAAGGACCAAGCUGGGCUUGUAAACAAGAUUUACUUCAGCAUCCCCCUCCAGCUGUUCCUUGCCAGGACCACCAACUCAUCCAGAGCUGGAGAGAAGCCAUGCUAUCUGGAACAGCAGUCUCUUUUGUACAGAUAUUCUGGUUAUGUCCUUGCUAAAUAAAAGAUUUGUCAUCAAACCAGAA